AUGGAGCUUUUAUGGGCACUGGAACAUGACCGACUAAGGAGAGAAAGGGUGUUCAAAGACAGACUUAACCCUCUGGCAGUUAGUGAUGCCCAUCUGUUAAGUAUUGAAGAAGUGGCAAUUUCUAUGAAAUAUGUUAUAAAAACUAUUAAAUUUCGGAGAUUAAGAAAUGUCAUUUCGCUGACCAGUGAUCUAAACCUAAUAUUUUACAGAUACUACAGGUUCCCUCGCAAUGAUAUUCAGUGGCUGUGCGAAAGCCUCGGGGCCCAUAUUUCAAGACACACCAACAGGUCCCACUCAGUACCUGUGGCCACACAAGUGCUGGUUGCCUUGCGAUUCUACGCAAGUGGCAGCUUUCAGAGUGUGAUAGGGGACUCUGUUGGAAUUAGCCAGUCCAGUGUGUCUCGCAUCAUAAAUGCUGUGACUGAUGCUAUUUUUAACAUAGCUCAGAGGGACAUAAAGAUGCCUCGUAGGAGGGAAGAAAUUCAGAAGAUCAAACAGGACUUCUUCGCAGUUUGUGGCUUCCCAAACGUGCUGGGGCCAUUGACUGUACCCACAUUCCAAUCAAAGCUCCAAGUAUCGGAUGCAAGUUCGAGAAUUUUGAGUUUUUCUGCAAAAUUCCCUGGAAGUGUGCAUGAUUCCUACAUCUGGAAUGACAGCAUUUUGCGUCGACACUUCCAAGAACAACAGUUCGGGCACUCAUACUUACUUGGGGAUUCAGGAUAUCCUCUUGAAACUUGCCUCAUGACACCUCUGGCAGAAACAAGAACGGCAGCAGAAGUACGCUACAACAGUAGCCAUGCUCGCACACGAGCAGUUAUAGAACAAACUUUUGGGGUGCUGAAAAGUAGGUUCCGCUGCUUGCAUAAGUCAGGUGGUGCACUCCAAUAUACGCCAGAAAAGUGUGCAAAAAUUGUAGCUUGUUGCAUGCUUCUGCACAAUAUCUGUGUCAAAAGAGGCAUACCUUUCCAAGACAUCCUAGAAAAUGACGACCCACCCGAGGAAGCAGUGAUGAAUUUCAUUCCUGAGAGAAGUGCUCAGCAGGAGAGGGUGGCAUUAAUAAAUGGCUCAUUCUGA